AUGAAUUACCAGUGGGAGAAGAUCAAGGUCAUCCCGACCUCUCGCUUCACCAGCAAUAACCGUGAAUCAGGCCAGAGGCUUGGGUCACCUGGAAUGUCUCAACCCCUGAAGGGGAACAAGUGGUGCCAAACGACGAAAGGCGCGCGGGGCUACGCCGCCGCCGCCGCCGCCGCCACCGGCCCUUACCAGCACGUGCCCGCCGGCUACCUGGACGUCGUCUCCACCUUCGGCUCGGCGGCGGCGGCAGCGGCGGCGGGGGAGCCGCGCCACGAAACCUACAUCUCCAUGGAGGGCUACCAGUCCUGGACGCUGGCCAACGGCUGGAACGGGCAGGUGUACUGCGCCAAGGACCAGGCCCAGGGCUCCCACUUCUGGAAGUCCUCCUUCCCAGGGGACGUGGCGCUCAACCAGCCGGACAUGUGCGUGUACCGGCGAGGGCGGAAGAAGCGGGUGCCCUACACCAAGCUGCAGCUGAAGGAGCUGGAGAGCGAGUACGCCGUCAACAAGUUCAUCAACAAGGACAAGCGGCGCCGCAUCUCGGCGGCCACCAACCUCUCGGAGAGGCAGGUGACCAUCUGGUUCCAGAACCGGCGCGUCAAGGACAAGAAGAUCGUCUCCAAGCUGAAGGACACCGUCUCCUGAUCCGCUGGGUGGGGAACGC